GUCUGUUUUCGUUUGUAUGUGUUUGAUUAUGCAGCCCUCCACACGACACAAGAUACUUUGCCAGAAAAUACUGAAAGUUGUGUAGAGGGUGCUGAUUGGUGUGUUGGCCUCAAGUCCGUUUGGACUUGGCCCUCGUACCGUCGAGGUGGUGCGGAGAAGUUUUUUCCUUAUUUUCUUUUGCGGUAUGCGAUAGUCUUCCGCCAAUCCUUCGAGUUACUCAGGCUAGAGGCAUUUUCGCAUGCUGGAUGGUGUUGGCGUUGAAGCGAAAUGAUUGCCAAUCAGCAUGAGAUCCAGUGGCUGACACAAGCCGCAAGUCAGUAUCCGUAGUCUAGCCACCAACGCAUGCAAAAAUACCACGAUAUGUGGCUAUCUAAUCAUGUUGAUCGAAGCAAAAGCUAUGUGUAUGAUGGCAGAACCAAAGGCCCGAUCGCGGAGCUGACCGCAUCGAAUUGGAAGCAGAGCCACAAGUCUAAUGGACAACAUCGUGACACCGGCUCAAGUGACAAGUGAAUUGACCAACAAAGUCGAAUCCUCCAAUGAGACAAGCCUGGGGUCAAAGUCUAUCAUUGGCCAGAGCUCCGACCGCACCAAAUCGCUGGAUGCCGGAUCGUUGCGUGUCACGAACGCUGACGGUGGAGCAAGGCUCCGAUUCUCUGGGAACCGGGACAGAAUUCUGGGCGCCAUCAGAGACGGUGCUUGUUCCAGUGACUUGCAGUGA